UUCGAGAUGACUUUGUGUUUUCUGAAAGAUCUGAAACUCCGAUUCUUGUACAGAAGGCUCUUCGUUUUUUUUUGUUUUUUUCUUUGGCAUUCACUUUUUCCACAAAAAAAAAACAAAAAAGAACCGAUCUGCUGUCGUCAGCGCCUCGUCACGGUGUGCAUUAUAUGUAUAUAACUUGUGGAGAAGAGAGCCCUCGACUGGAAGCACAUCACUCUGCAGAUUCAGACCUGUCUCUUAUACACAUCUAGAUGUGUAUAAGAGACAGUAGAUAGAUAGAUAGAUAGAUAAAGUCAUCGAGCAGAGGAAGAAGAUGGGCGGUGUCAAUGCCGCAAAAGAGGCCAACUACCUGAUCAGCAAACGGAUGAAGAUAUUGGAAAACAGACUCGAUAAGGUCAUGAUUAAAUACAAUGAGGCUCUUACGCGAAAUAGGGAACUACAUGAUGUGAUCGAUAAUCUUCGCUGGGAACGAUUAAUUACCAGCCAGAUUCAAGAUGCAUUGUAUAAAGAGCUCCAACAUAAACGGAGGGAUAUUUCCCGUAUUGUAGAAAUAUCAAAUUUAGCUCUUGGGUCUCCGUGGGCUUGCGAAUGGACGAGGCCAGAACGACGCUGGUCGGUGCUGGGGCUUGGUCGCACUGCCCUGCAGCUUCAGCUGUAUGAGGGCAAGAGACCUGGUAGAGAGAUCUGGGAGUUGUCGAGGGUGGAAGGCACUCUAAUGUCGUUUGGGUUAAUGGUCCUGAGUGCUGGUCACACUGAGGCGCAGCUCAAGAUCGUCGUGCUUGCCGUCGUUGUCGCCAUCGUCGAAUGGAUGCGUACGGUGGACAUGGUUAUGGUUGUCGUUGCUGAAGCCGCGCGUCUGACACAGAGGAGUCUCUCGCACCUAAUGAUCUCGAAUAUGGGAUUUAUGCAUUUGACUUGGCUGCACAUGAUCGAAAGCACUACCGAGGCGACCGUCGGUAUUUUAGACUUGCAAUCAGAUGGCGAUGAUGAUGAUGAUGAUGAUGAUGAUGAUGAGGAGGAGGAAAUUGGAGGUGAAGAGAGAGAUGAGGACGAAGAUGAAGAGGAGAGAGAGGAGGAGGAGGAAGGAGAAGAGGAGGAUGAGGAGGGGGUGGAGGAGGAGGAAGAGGAGGAGGAGGUUGUGGUGAAUGAGUAUGUAGAGGAGGAGGAGGAAGAAGAGAUAGCGGAUGAUGGCAGGCCAAGAGCACGGCGUCGUUUGCUUGCAGAUCUGUUGGACGGUAUCGGGACUGGGCACGUGGCGGGAGAUCCUCGAGCUGAUGGGAUUCUGGAUAUGGAGGAAGACGGGAAGAUGAUGCUUGGAGAUUGUGCCACGAGCCGCCACGUCAUCGAGGCCAAGAACCCGUCGAGGCCGCCGAAGGUUCUUGGCCAAUGGAACUGGACGGAAGACGACAAGAACAAGCAGCAGGAGGAGGAGGAGGAGGAGGAGGUGGAGGUGAAGGAGGUGGAGGAGGAGGAGGAGGAGGUGGAGGUGAAGGAGGUGGAGGAGGAGGAGGAGGAGACUCCGGCGAUUGUGAUUCAGGCGCUCAAGGGGAACAAAAAGAGUUGGAGAGAGGGAUCCCGACGAAGACUAAGCAGAGAGAAGUGGACGAUGGCGGGGAGGAGAAUGGACAAGGGGAAGGGGUCCCGACAAGGCUGUCGCGACAUGAGACUGGUGAUGAAGGAAAAGAGGACUGUGUGUGGCACGGGGUCCCGACAAGCAAAAGCCGCAGCGACUGCGGAGACCGGACAGCUGCUGCUUUUGCCACGUGGCAAAUGCGGCAGCAGCUUCUCCUCGUCGGGAUCCCAGCACACGGAGCCUCGUCGGGAUGUUGUCAGGGAGGAGGUAGCGACGAUCCAGCAUCUUCUUCCGAAUCGCAGCUUUUCCUCGUCGUCGAGAUCCCAGCGCAUGGAGCCUCCUCCUGAACGAAAAGCAAUCGGAGCGGCAAUUGAGACCACCUCCUCUCCCAGGGAGAGGCUGCCACGUCAUCAAGUCCCGACAGGACAUGAGGUGACCAAGCCAUCAGUACCCACGAUCGUGCAGCUUCAAAGUGCAACUUGUGGGCUAGCUGCCACGUCAUCAAGUCCGAAGGGAGGCAUUGCCACGUCAUCAAGCCUCUUGAUAGGAGCUGCCACGUCGUCAAGUCCGAAGGGAGGCACUGCCACGUCAUCAACUCUCUUGAUAGGAGCUGCCACGUUAUCAAUUGCCCCGAAAGCAGGAGCCGCCACCUCAUCAAGUCUCUUGAUAGGAUCUGCCACCUCAUCAAGUCUCUUGAUAGGAUCUGCCACGUCAUCAAGUCCCGCGAAAGCAGGAGCCGCCACGUCAUCAAGUCCCCCGAAAGCAGACGCUAGCAUGUCAUCAUCGAACACGUGGAGCGGAGGUGCUCUCCCUCUCCGAUCGGCGAAGCUUUUAAGAUGUGAUGGGUGUCUUUACGUUGGCCACAAAGAACAAAGUCGAUGGGAUCCCGACCCGAUUGUCGACUGGAAAUCAGUCGCAGAUGGUGAGAAUGGGUUUGUGCUGAAUCAGGUCCCGACCUUACGUUUACAUUGUGCAGUCCAGGCCGAUCAUGCAGCUGCUGACGUGUCUUCUGCUGAUGUGGCUUUUACGGAGAUCGCGACUGUAACCGACGUGGCAAAGGCCGUCAGGUAUGCCUCACGCGAUGCAGCAAAGAAUGAGUUGGCUGCCUUGAAAUCGCAAGCGGAUAAAGAGAAGAGCAUUUUUGAAUCGGAAUGGAGAUAUCUUGGGAGGCUUCUAGAUCAAGAUCGCCAGAUCAGAGAGACCGUGAGGACCACACAAAAGCUGGAGUCUGAGGAGGCACAGAGGAAGGCCCUGGGGCUGGAUGAGCCAGGAUUACUAAAAAGGCUUCGCGGCCUUAAUCUGCCUCGAAGAUGGACCGAAAAAUUGCUACAGCCAGCCAAUGAGAAUGAGAAACAGACACUGUCAUAUGCCAACAUCUUUGCAAGACUACGGCAAGAAAUGGGGGUGGAGGACGUGGAUGCACUUAUCAACAUGCUCAUUACCACCGAAGACCAGAAUUUCUCCCUUUUCAAUUUCAUGAACAUGAUUAAUCAGGAUAUUGACAAAUUUGAGGAUCAGAUUGAAGAGCUAAACAAACAAAUCCAGAAGCUGCAGGGACCUACCAAGGAGUCUGAUGAGUUGAGGAAGAAGACAUUGAAGGAGGGCGAAAUCCGUGCAGGGUGCUCGUGUGAAGUGGUGGCCGAUCGUGGAUUCUUAUCGCUGACACGGGGGGGAGCUGGCACGCCAGGAGUAGGUGCUUCACGGACGAAGACAACGGUCUCGGUGGUGUCUCGUUCGAAGUAUGAGGAAGAAGUAUGCACUGCACGGAAGACGCCGGCCGGAUUGAGUCGUCCAGACGCUAUGAGGAAGAAGUAUGCACUGCACGGAAGUCAUCAGCGGGCAGGUUUGGAUCAACCACCGGCAGCAAAUGCGUCAAGCCAACAAAGGGGGUUGUGUGCAUGCACGUCGGAGGCAACGAUCACUACCAAGACUGCGAGCCGGCGGGGGGUGAAGAUUGUGAGGCGGACGACGCCGACGAUGGUGAGAAUGAAGAGGAGGAAAUGGAGAUUCACCCUGUGGGAAAGAAGGCAGCGGGCACCGGCGGGCGGAACCUCAAAGGGGCAGCACACACGGGUCGAUGAGGCAAGAAGACGGCAGAGGACAGCGCAGGCGAAGGGGUUAAAAGCAGGGAUUUCUGGACCGUGGAGCACAUGAUUGCUCUCAGCCGUGUGAAAAGAGACCAGGCGGCGCAUUUUGCGG